GUUAUGUAUGUAUGUAAAUUUUAUGGUUAGGUUAUUGUUUAUAUACAACCUGUAUACACUGUUUGUCAACUAGUAUUUAAGAUUGCAUCGUGUAUGUUAUCCAUUAGUUAUUACUUCAUUUCGGACCGCCGCGAGCAGACGACUAAACCUCUAACCAUGGAAGCUGUAGUGUUCAACGGAGCCAACCUGACUCUGAAAUACGAGAGCAAGUACCCAAUCCCGAAGAUUGUUGAAGACACGGAUGUCAUCGUGAAAGUGCACUAUUCGGGCAUUUGUGGCACCGAUCUGCACAUUAUCCAGGGCGAGUUUCCCGCACGAAAGGACCGCCCACUUCCCAUGGGGCAUGAGUUCAGUGGAGUCAUCACUGAGGUCGGGAAGGCUGCCAACUUCAAAGUGGGGCAGAAAGUCGUCGUCGACCCAAAUAGCGCCUGCAAUCGCUGCGACUUCUGCCGAAGCGGUUCUUACCACUACUGCCUCACAGCGGGCAUAAACAGUACUAUCGGUAUCUGGAGAGACGGAGGCUGGGCUGAGUAUGUACGCUGCCCGGACACCAAUGUCUUCGCGUUGCCGGACGAUAUCAGCACUGAACAUGGAGGACUUUGUGAGCCCUAUUCAUGUGUGGCGCAUGGGUUCGACAAGGCAGCCCCGCUGCAGAUUGGAGAGAAAAUCUUAAUCGUCGGAGCAGGCAUCAUUGGCAACCUGUGGGUAACUGCGCUCCAUCAUCAAGGUCACAGGGAGGUCACAGUUUCUGAGAUGAACAAAUCCAGGCUGGAAAUCGUCAAAAAACUGAAUACUGGAUACAGGCUUAUCACUCCUGACGUGCUCGCUAAGGAAGACAAACUUUAUGACGUCAUCGUUGACUGCACAGGUGUGGGCAAGGUGAUGGAAAUCAACUUCAACUAUUUGAACCACGGCGGGAAAUACGUGCUUUUUGGCUGCUGCCCGCCCUCGCACCAAGCCUCAAUCAACCCGUUCCAGAUCUACAACAAGGAAAUCACAGUUAUCGGCAUCAAGAUCAACCCGUAUACUUUCCCGAAGACCAUUGGCUGGCUCAAGGCUAUGGGAGAUAGGUGAGCAAACGUUAUACAUGGUGUAAUUUUUGUGACCGGCAAU